CGUUAAAUCGUUAGAUGCUGAAUACCUAAUACACGAAUGGUCGACACCGAAAAAGAACGAAUGUUCAAGGAAUACGACGAGAUUCUGAACGAUUUGAAGACGACAUUUAUGGAAAAGUGGAAAACGCAAUUGGAUGACAACGCGAAGCCAGAUGACUUCGAGCGUUUCCGAACCGUCGGCACCGGUGCCUUCGGUCGCGUCGUUCUCGUCAAGCACAAAUUGACAUCCGAGUAUUACGCCAUGAAGAUCCUCGACAAAGCGAAACUCGUAAAGACGAAGCAAGUGGAUCACACGCGUAACGAAAAGCGGAUCCUGCAAUCGAUUAGCUUCCCCUUUAUGGUCUUCAUGGAGUUUUGCUUCAAGGACAACUCGUACGUGUACAUGGUGUUGCCAUUCGCGCAAGGUGGUGAGAUGUUCACCCAUCUCAGGCGUAUGGGAAAGUUUGACGAAUCUCUGGCGAGGUUCUACGCCGCUCAAGUGGUCUUAGCCUUAGAAUACCUGCACCACUGCAGCCUCAUCUACCGAGACCUGAAACCGGAAAACAUCCUGAUACAGACUACCGGCUAUAUCAGGAUGACUGACUUCGGUUUCUGCAAGAUGGUGGACGGUCGUACGUGGACGUUGUGUGGCACGCCAGAAUAUCUAGCGCCCGAAGUGAUUCUCUCGAAAGGCUACGGCAAGGCCGUCGACUGGUGGAGUUUUGGUGUGCUGAUUUACGAGAUGAACGCUGGAUAUCCACCUUUCUAUGCACACGAUCCCAUGAAGAUCUACGAGAAAAUUGUCGCGGGCAAGUACAAAUUCGCGCAUCACUUUGGCGAAGAACUGAGAGAUAUACUGAAGAAUAUCUUGCAAGUGGAUCUGACGAGAAGAUACGGCAAUUUGAAAGACGGCAGUAUGGACAUCAAGAGACACCGGUGGUUUCAAUCUAUCGACUGGAUCGAGAUUUAUCAUCAGAAGGUGCAGCCGAGCUUUAUUCCCCAUUGCUCUAAUAGCGGUGAUACCAGCAAUUUUGAUCAUUACGACGAAGUGCCGCUCGAUAUCGCCUCUUUCGAUCAUUACACUAAGGAAUUUGCGAAUUUUUAGAAAUAAUGCUGGCGAACCAGCAUAAAAAAAUAAGAGCUUAAAGUUGAUUAUAUGAAGAUGAUUAUUAUAUUGUGCUUGAAGAUAUAAUUUUAAGCGUCUUUUAUCCAAGUCCGAAUUAAAAUUAGUUUACGACGACAAUAAUAUUCUCCAAGUAUAUUAAAGAACAGUGCCUCACGUAAUAACGUAGAAAAAAAGGAGUAAAAAAAGAGAAACAUGGAGUCGACGAUAUGUGUUUCUUAAACAUAAAUAUUAUGUUAUAUUACUUCUCUUCACACAAGUGUUUUUUAUAUGAACGUUGCAUACAAGAGUGAUAUUUAACUGUAAGUUUGAAGCAAUACUGUCUUGCAUUGACAACAAAUAAAACUGUUCUUUAUUCUGAUAAAAUUUCCAAUAGUAAUUUAAUAAUUUUAUUCUCAUAUAUAUAUAUAUAUAUAUAUAUAUAUA